AUGAUCGACAACUCCUUGUAUGGGUUCACUCGGAUCCCGAAAAUGACAGGUGAUCUGGAGCGUCUGGAUGUAUUUGAGGCCGGAGAACCUGAAGAUCCGGGCAAACCAUCGAUGUUAGGGCGCAGAUUCUACAUCGACGACAUUUUAGUACCAGCGGCCAAUUGGGAUCAGCUAUGUGACGGAGUUGAAGAUCUUCUGGAGGCGUGCAACAAAUGGACCUUGUCGAUCAGCGUGGUGAAGAUUUUCUGGGGAAUGGAAUAUCUCGGUCACAAGGUAUCGCACGAUGGACUGGAGGCAAAUCCGAAGGAUCUGUCGGCGUUGACGGAUCUCGAUCGCUUCAUCGAAGAUUACGCGAUUUACGCAUCUGUGCUGUAUGAGUUGAGGGAGAUCGACUAUGCUGCGAUGGAGAAGGGCAUGAAUCGGAGCCGGAUCCAGCUAGCACUAGCAUCGGAAUCCCCGGAUCCAGACAUAUUGACCAAGGAUCCGAAGAGUCCGCAAGGUUCGGAUCCGAGCCCGCGGGGUCCGGAUCCCGAACUUAGCGAUCAAGAUCCGGACCUAGCAUCACGGGAUCCGACGCCUGCCUGUGUGAAGACGUCCAACCCCGAGAAUGACGAUCUUGCGGAUCUGGAUCCCAGGUGGAUCCAUGCCCACAGAUCCUUCAAAAUGCUAAAGGAGAAGAUCGCGAAGACGGCGAUCCUGCGGCACUUCGACCCGGAUCGACAAGCUGUGGUGAUUGUAUAUGCCAGUGAUUGGGCGAUCUCCGGUUCACUCAUGCAAGAAUAUGAUCAGGUUUAUUAUCCAGGGAUGUUCGCGAGCCGUACGUUGAAGUCCAACGAACUAAACUACGGGAUCGCAGAGAAAGAGGUGUUAGCAUUGUUUCGGAUCCUGGAUCUCAACUAUAAUACUUUGAUCCUCGAGAUCGUCAAGUGUAACAAGGGCGAGGAUGAGAUCCUGGGCACAUUAGCAGCCAGUAUCACACCCAGAUCCGAAGUCGAUAAAGCGCUGAUAUCGAUCGCCCCGAAAAAGGAGCCGAGACGCAAGGUCCAGGCCCCAAUCCCGACAGUGAGAUCGGAUGAGGAU